AUGCCCCAAGCACAACCCGAGCUCCGCAAAUAUAUGGAAAAACGCCUCUUUGUUCAACUCAACGGCAAUCGAAAGGUCAUUGGCGUUUUGCGCGGUUAUGAUGUCUUUCUAAACAUUGUCCUUGACGACGCGGUCGAAGAAAAAGCCGGUGGGGAACGAGAGCGGUUGGGCAUGGUUGCCAUUCGGGGGAAUUCGGUCGUGAUGCUCGAGGCUUUGGAGCGCGUGGGCGAUGAUCGGCGGUGA